CUGAGGUUAGUCAUAGUUUUAAUCAAAUCAGUGCACUCAAAAAUGUGGCAUUAAAACACAAAAUAUGUGUUUUAUAACUUUAAAAAAAGAUAAAGAGCAAGAAUAAGAAAAAGAUAAAAGAAUCACCAUAGAAUUUAGCGACAGUGUAAAAUCUUUUGUUGGCUACUCAUGAAAUUCACCUCCUACACUGUGACUGUUGAAACGUUUACAAACACUCUCUGGCCAUGUGGAGAUCUGACAACACUGGUACUUGUAGUCUUUUGCGCCUCUAGCGUCCUUGAAACAGGCUCCUUUAGAAAUACAAUUCCCAUAAUUCCCCCGUGGUCAGCUGAUUACAGCUCGUGUUUUUCGGAUGUGAUGAUGGAAAUAAAGCGUCCAGGAGGAACGUUUUUUCCAGCAGAUCUUUUUUGGCUCUGUCUUGGGAUUGAGAUGACAGCCAAAGGGUAGACGUGGAGAGAUUUUCUGAUUUAAUUGUAUUUUGAUUUAACAUUUUACAUACUCACGCGACUUCCACAACAAAGUCUUUGCUUUAUAAACAACAGCGGUGUCAUUCCCUUCUAUUGUUGACAGGGCCUUGGGCCUCACUGGUUUGAUCGCAAUGGUACUUAUUCUGGGCAGAAGAAUGAACCGGGAGGACUCUGGAGUCCGUGAGUCUCCAGCAGUCAAGCGAAAGGUUCUGGAGAUGGACAACAAGCCCCUCAGUAGUCAUGAUGUAUUUGAUUUCUCCUCCGGCCCAUGCCACCCAGAAAGCAUCCUGCAGAUGUUUAACGAGUUCCGUGACAGCCGUCUGUUCACCGAUGUGGUUAUCAGUGUAGAGGGUCGUGAGUUCCCUUGUCACCGUGCUGUGUUGUCAGCUUGCAGCAGCUACUUCCGUGCCAUGUUCUGCAAUGACCACCGUGAGAGCCGUGAGAUGCUGGUUGAGAUCAAUGGCAUCCGUGUUGAAGCCAUGGACACCUUCCUGCAGUAUGUCUACACCGGACGUGCCCGCAUCACCACAGAGAACGUGCAGUUCCUCUUUGAAACCUCCAACCUCUUCCAGAUCGGCACUCUGAGAGAUGCCUGUGCCAAGUUCUUGGAAGAUCAACUUGAUCCUUGCAACUGCCUGGGCAUCCAGCGUUUCGCUGAUGCACACUCCCUCAAGCAACUGGCCAGCCGCUGUCAUUCGUAUGCACUGCAGAGCUUCGCUGACGUGGCCCAGCACGAGGAAUUUCUGGACUUGCAUAAGGAAGAGCUGGAGGAGUACAUCGGCAGUGACGAGCUGGUUAUUGUAAAGGAGGAAACUGUUUUUGAAGCAGUGAUGCGUUGGGUGUACUAUAACGUGGACCACCGCAGAAUCGUACUGAGGGACCUGCUCACCCAUGUUCGCCUGCCUCUGCUGCACCCAAAUUAUUUUGUGCAGACUGUAGAGGGUGACCAGUUGAUCCAAAAUGCACCAGAGUGCUAUCAGCUUCUGCAUGAGGCCAGACGCUAUCAUGUGUUGGGCAAUGAGAUGAUGUCACCCAGAACCCGUCCACGCAGGUCUACUGGAUUCUCUGAGGUCAUUGUGGUAGUUGGAGGGUGCGAGAGGAUGGGGGGUUUCAACUUGCCAUAUACCGAAUGCUAUGAUCCUGUUACCGGUGAAUGGAAGUCCUUAGCCAAACUUCCAGAGUUUACAAAGUCAGAGUAUGCUGUGUGUGCUCUCAGGAAUGACAUUCUGGUCUCAGGGGGGAGAAUCAACAGCAGAGAUGUGUGGAUGUACAACUCCCAGCUCAACAUCUGGAUCAGGGUUGCCUCCUUGAACAAGGGACGCUGGAGACACAAAAUGGCCGUCUUGCUUGGAAAGGUGUAUGCCGUUGGUGGAUAUGACGGUCAGUCACGACUCAGCAGUGUUGAAUGCUAUGACUCUUUCUCAAACCGCUGGACAGAGGUGGCUCCUAUGAAGGAGGCCGUCAGCUCGCCCGCCGUCGCCAGCUGCGUCAACAAACUGUUUGUGAUAGGAGGAGGACCUGACGACAACACAUGCUCAGAUAAGGUCCAAUGCUAUGACCCUGAAUCCGACACCUGGUUGCUAAGAGCCAGCAUCCCCAUCGCUAAGCGAUGCAUUACAGCCGUAUCACUGAACAACCUCAUCUAUGUUUCUGGAGGAUUGACCAAAUCCAUCUACUGCUAUGACCCCAUCGAAGAUUACUGGAUGCAUGUGGUUCACACGUUCAGCAAACAGGAAAGCUGUGGUAUGUCGGUAUGUAACGGUAAAAUUUAUAUCCUGGGAGGGCGUGGUGAAACCGGAGAGGCGUCAGACACAAUCCUGUGCUAUGACCCGGCCACUGGCAUCAUUACGGGCGUGGCCGCCAUGCCCCGCCCCAUUUCUUAUCAUGGUUGCGUCACCAUCCACCGCUACAAUGAGAAGUUCUACCAUUCAUGACACUACAAAAAGAUAAACUGAGCCUUAUUAUAGAUAAGGUCACAAUAUGAUAGAUACACCCAGAACUACACAAAGACUUAUAAUAGUAUAAAAAUUCAUACACCACUAUUAAAGACGCACCAGACCAUUUGACGUAAAGGUCAAAUGUAUGUACUUUCUGGAAUUGCAAAAAUGAUGUCUGUUUUAAAACAGGUUUUACCAAACACUCCUGUCUUCCAAACAGAUUGUACCACCCCAAACUCACACCAUUGGUUUAGCCAGUGUCUCUGUGUCGGACUGGUUGAGAUGCUCAAAUAAAUGGAGCAAUGUUUUUAAAGUGCCACAGAGACUGUGUUUAAAUGGUUGAGGAAUCAACCUCGAAUGGCUUACCUGCUGUUGCCUCUGCAUAUUAAAAUGCAAUUAUAAAGUAUAAAAAAAAAAAAAGAAAUUGCACACUUCCCCUUUAACUUUUUUACAUUCUACCACCAUGAUGUUCAAAUAUAGAGGAUCGGUUUGACAAUAUCACACAGAUCAUGUACAGAUUUGCAUACUUCCAAAUCCAUUACCCAAAGUUGAUUGACAACUGAUUGGCUGACAUUUCUUUGGUCGGAAGAUUACUUUUUCUGAUUUGUCUCUGAUUUCUCUGUCUGUUAUCUGGGUCACACCUCUCCCCUUCAUCCCUGGGGUUUGGCAGAUGCCCCCAUUUGGGCUCCAUUUAUUUUUUUCCUACUACAUUACUAUUAUUGUAUUUUCUUCUAUUGUAUUUUAUUGACUGUGUAUGGUGUAAGUGGUUAUUUUUUGAGUGGGUGAAUGGUGUGAUUAUUUGUGAUGGGUGGACAGAGUUUCAUUGUGAUGGACUCAAUGUGCAGUUAUGUGUGUGUAUGUGUGUGGGUGUGUGUGCGAGACGAUGAUGGUGAAAUACAGAAUAUGAUCUCCAUGCGGGAACCACUUUAUGUUGAGCUCCUAUGUGUUAUGGUGUUGUGUCCAAUGGGUAUACGGUAAACAGAAGUCCAUCAGGCACCAAAACGUAUGUCUAAUCUAUAGUGUUUCUUAUAAUAUUGCUUUAUGUAUGCAUGUUUUAUUUGGGUGAUUAUUUUUUAGUAUUCAUUGUGGCUAUUAUGACAUUUAUCAAAACAAAUGCCUCUUUAAGAACUAUUGUGUGCCUGAUAAGAUGGUUUUAUUAAUAGUAAUUGCAUCCAUAUGGAACGUGAGCUGGCAAUUGGACUCCAAUUGAAUCCCAGUUAGUAUUUGGUUAUGAUUUUGCUGCCACAAGGGUGGCGAGACUUAUCCAAUAUACAUUGCAUGUAAAAAACAUGCCUUCGCAUAUGGGAUAUGAUACAGGUAAUAGAGGCAGUGAUGUCAGGACCUUGUUUAUAAGUGAAUCAUUUAUGUGCUUAAACUUUAUUUUUUUUUAAAGUUAUUUAUUCUUGGUAGAAUUCUGAAAGCCCCAACCAGGCACUUAAGUCUUUCUUUAAUAUUUCUCAGCAUCCCGGAUGUAAAUAUUAGUUUGCUCCCUCUUGAGAUUUACUGUAUCAGUAAGUGUUUGCAGUGGUAAUGUUCCAGGCCAAAUGGCUAGUUCACAACAACAUAUUUCUGUUUUUCUUCUACCAGUAAACUCAGUUUAGAUCCUCAGUGUUUGUGCACACAGAGCAGGGUAGAGAAAAUGAUGUAGCAGCAAAAGAGUGUGUGUCUGUCUGUCUGUCUGUGUGUGGGUCAUGUACGCCUGGGAUUCUGAGACCAGUAACGUUAGCUUUGUUGCCUUAAUUUAAAUAGCCAGGAUUUUUUUUUAUUUGUCAUAUGCAAGACCACAAAACAAAACAUACACAUUGUUCGUUUGAGAUUAUCUGCAUGGGAAUUUUACAUUGCAACUGAAAGAAAGCACUCCACACACAGACACUGCAACGCAACAUGGCCUUUUAUUCAUUUUUUUAUUUUUAUUUAAUUUCUUUGGUGUGUAGUUUGACUAUUAUAAAUUAAUGUAUGGAGUUGUGGAUGUGAGCUUCUGAGUGUCUUUUGUGUGAGUUUGAGGCUUUCAGAUGCUGAAAGAAUUCUUGUUUUGUUGAUUAUGAUCUUUCAGACAAUUUUUAGUGGAAAAAGCCAUAGAAAGAAUGAGCGUUUUUAAAUUUUAGACAUCUGUCCCUCUUUUUGUCUUUUUUAAAACAGUCCUUGUACAAUUUAUGGUAUUUAGUUAACUGUGCAUGUUAAAAAACAGUUUAACUCAUAUACAUUGUCAAACAAUACCCAUUGUUAUGAUGAGGAUGUGCCUUUAGAACAGAUUCCAUUUACAGUUUGGCAGAGGAAAGUUCUAAAUUAAGAUACUCAGUGCAUAAAAAACAAUACUGUUUAGUGCCUCGUGGUGGAAUAAUAGACUCUUGACAACUAGCCAGAGAUGUUUGAAUGGUUCUUUCUGUUAAUUUCUGUGCAAUAUUGUAAGAGAUGUGUUAUCGUUUUAUAUGUGUAAAACUGUCACUUAAAAUCUCUUGCUGUUCUGAGUAAUUGAAAUGCACAAGAGCUUAAUAUGGUGUAUGCAUACGUUUUCCUCAAUAAAGCUAUUUUACUAUGAA